AUUCUGUAAUGGUGGAAAUUUUUGGUCAAAAUUUUAGUUACGUGCCCUGUUGUUGUUUCAUUUCUCGCUUUACUUCUGUUUCUAAUAGUACACAACAUGAUUCUUCUUAAAGGUUGUACAAUUGACCACAACUAAAAAUCUUGGUAUACAUGGUUACCAUGUAAAAGAGUUGUAAACAAUCAAAGAUACGUACCUGUUAGCUGACACUUAUAGAACACAGAAGCUGCUAUCAAGAUGAGUGGAGAGGGGGCUAGUGGUGGGGGUGCCACCGCUCCAGCCAGAACCACCCCCCAAUUCUCGCAGCUUUCAGUUGGAAUAAAAUCUGCAAAAAUUCAACAAAAUGGUGGUUUCUUUUCUUCAAAAGCUGAUCCUUACCUGGAGCUCAGCGUGGAUGGACAGUCACCAAGAAAAACUGAAGUCAAUAAGAAAACAUGGAUGCCAUCUUGGAAUGAACAUUUCACAGUGCUUGUGACCCCCUACUCAAAGCUAGACUUCAAGGUGUUGAACCACUUCAGUAUGAAGUCUGACCAACUGCUGGGUCAGGUAUCCCUAGACCUCCAUAAACUUCUUACAUUGAAUAAUGGCAAAUUUAAUCACUUACAACACAAACUGGAGAUGAAAGCUGAUGAUAAAGGUUCACUGAAGCGUAGUGGAGAGAUUAUGAUUAUGUUAGAUGGAAUGAAUGUUAAUAUGGAGCAGUUCCCAGCCAGGACUGGACCUGUACCAAAUGGUACUGCUCAGAGUUCCACCAGUAGCCAAUCAGCAGCAAGUUCAACUUCCCGUCAUGCAGCGGCCCCACCACGGCCAAGUGCAUCUAAUGCUGCAGCUCUGUCAGGGGCAGCAGCCGCAUCCCAACCCAGGGGCAAAGGCCCCGCCCCACCUCUCCCACCCCCACCAAACAGCAGUGCUAGUGGCGCCACCUCUGCAACUGUCACAGCCCCUUCAGCUACUACUACAAGUUCAACAACAACGUCCACACCUGGUACACCAAGUCCCAGUGUUACAACAGCUCCUGCUACGACCCCUACAGCACAACAGAAUGGUGUUGCCCCUGGGGGUCAGGAGCCUCUUCCAGCUGGCUGGGAGAUGCGCAUAGAUCAGCAUCAAAGAGCGUACUAUGUUGACCACAACACGCACACUACCACAUGGGAGAGGCCGCAGCCCCUACCCGCAGGCUGGGAGAGGAGGGUGGACAACAGAGGACGUGUCUAUUACGUUGAUCAUAAUUCACGUACAACAACAUGGCAACGACCCACCACUGACACAUUACAAACAUAUCAACAGUGGCAGGCCUGGAGACAGAACAGGAAUCAGAAUAUGGAUCAGAUGGCCAACAGGUUCCUGUUCCCACAGCAGCUCCCUCAGGCCCAGGAAAAUGACCCCCUUGGACCCCUACCUGAUGGAUGGGAGAAAAGAGUUGAUGCGAAUGGUCGUGUUUACUUUGUGAACCAUCAGAAUAGAACCACUCAGUGGGAAGACCCAAGAACACAGGGUAUUAUGCAAGAAGACCCACUCCCUGAGGGCUGGGAAAUGAGGUACACUGGGGAGGGUGUGCGCUACUUCGUUGACCACAAUACACGCACUACCACAUUCCAAGAUCCCAGAGGUGGCUCCGGGAAAGGGCCAGUGGGAGCUUUUGGUGUGCCUAUACAAUAUGAAAGAAGUUUCCGAUGGAAGUUGGGACAGUUUAGAUUUCUCUGUCAGACUAAUGCCCUACCAAGUCAUGUAAAAAUCAGUGUUUCUAGGCAAACCUUAUUUGAAGAUUCCUUCCAUCAGUCUAAUGCUCUCCCUGGACACGUCAAGAUACACGUAACGAGAGACAAUUUGUUUGAAACCUCCUUUCACCAGAUAAUGAGACUGCAGCCAUUUGACCUACGACGUAGACUCUACAUAAUAUUCCGAGGAGAGGAGGGCUUAGAUUAUGGCGGCCCUGCAAGAGAGUGGUUUUUCCGUCUGUCCCAUGAAGUGCUCAAUCCCAUGUACUGCCUGUUUGAAUAUGCCAACAAUAACAACUACUGCCUGCAGAUCAAUCCUGCUUCAACAGUUAAUCCUGACCAUUUGACAUACUUCAAGUUCAUUGGACGCUUCAUAGCAAUGGCACUAUACCAUGGCAAGUUCAUAGAUAGUGGAUUUACUAUGCCUUUCUACAAAAACAUGCUGAGUAAGAAGCUGACACUUGCAGAUAUUGAGUCUAUUGACCCAGAAUUCUACAACUCUCUAGUCUGGAUAAAGGAAAAUGAUAUAGAAGAAUGUGGUCUAGAGCUGUUUUUCCAUGCAGACUUUGAGAUUCUUGGCAAACUAAACCAAGUAGAACUGAAGCCAGGUGGCGAAAAUAUUCAAGUCACUGAAGAAAAUAAGGAAGAAUAUAUAACUUUGAUGACUAACUGGAGAUUCAACCGAGGUGUUGAAGAGCAGACUAAGUCAUUUUUAGAGGGUUUCAAUGAAGUUGUGCCCCUACAAUGGUUGCAGUAUUUUGAUGAGAGGGAGCUCGAGUUGAUGUUAUGCGGUAUGCAAGAGAUAGAUGUUGAUGACUGGGAGCGUCACUCCAUAUACAGACACUAUACACGCAAUAGUAAACAAGUACAAUGGUUUUGGAAGUUUACCAGGGAAUUGGGGAAUGAGCAAAGGACGAGACUGUUGCAGUUUGUCACAGGGACAUGCAGGUUGCCAGUAGGAGGAUUUGCUGAGCUCAUGGGGAGCAAUGGACCUCAGAGGUUCUGUGUAGAGAAGGUUGGCAAAGAGACGUGGCUACCACGUAGUCAUACCUGCUUUAACAGACUCGACCUACCACCUUAUAAAAGCUACGAACAAUUAGUGGAAAAGCUAACAUUAGCCAUUGAAGAAACUGAGGGCUUCGGCCAGGAAUAAUACUAAUCUUCAAUGUGGAAGAUUUCAGAAAGGAGUCCCCCAAUAUUAAAAUCUUUAGUUUGGGCUUAAACAGGCUUGAGCUAUGGACAAUUUUCAGGAUUUUUAUCUGCUUAUAGAGUAAUGUACAGUGAAUUCAGGUGUAGGCCAGAAUGCCUCUGUUUAAAUACCUUCCGUAGGUUUUACUCGGGAGUUUCCCCUUGAACUUAGACUUCUCGUUAGCAUCUUAGCCGAAUGCUAAAAUCAUGUAACACUAGUGGGUGUGUAUAUAUUUAACAGGUGACAUUGAUAGUAAUCUAAGCACAAAUGUUUAAUUUGACAUAUUGAUUGGUUCUGUCAUGUAGUCAGAAAUGUAUGUAAUCGAGUACAUGAGGAUGUGCAGUAAAUUAGAAAGUCUAUACAGACUAGAAAACAUGUAAUACACUUUAAAUACACUAAGUACUGUACAUAUAGUAUAACUUGUACACCUCAAAGUACACGUUUUGGUUUUUUUAAGAUGGUCAGACAAGUGAAAGUUGACUUCACUUUCUGAGGAUUAGUUAAUGGAGGUCUGAGUACUGUGUACAGGAAUAGGCCUAUGGACCUGCAUGGAAACCCUGGUCAUCAGUAUUUUAUCUAGAUACACUUAUAGGCCUAGCUUCUAACUAACAGCUUGCAUCCAAAAGAAGUUCUCACCUCAUUUACUAUAUUUGAUUGAAUGUCUUAAGCAAGAAAACAGGAAUGGCUAAAACUGGGAUCUGAUGCAAACAGUGAAACUUGUGUAAGUAGAAUACGUUUGGUCAUUGGGAAGUGUUCAAUUGGGUAAGAGAACUGAAGUGUUCCACUUGCAGAGGUGUUCAACUUCAUAGGUUAUACUGUAUUGCAGAUUUGAAAGUUUCAGCAUUAAUGAACCUUACUGAAUUAUCAAACUUAAAGUUUACAUUUAUUAUGUGUGUAUGUGAUUCUACUUAUUAUUUAAAAGACAUGAACUUAUUUUUGUGCUCUUGUUUCACUUUUCUUAUAGUAAACAUGGGUAGUUUCCAAGAUUUAAAGCUCUUUGCAAUAUUUCGACUAGUUUUGAUAAUACCAAGCUUUGACAAUACAGAACAAGCAUAGCAAAUGGUUGGUAUGGCAACAUAUCAACUGUCAUAAUGUGUCCUCUUGGAUACUACCCAUGUUAUAUAGUUCUGUUUUAUUCUCUACUGUGUAUGCUAAAUAUCUUAUUUAACAAUACAAUUUGAAUGUUACCAGUGGAACACUGACAGUAUGUAAUGAAUGAAUACUAUUCUAGUACCUCUGGACAUAAUUGAAGUAAACUGUUGACUUCUCUUCACCUUAUGGUGUCAUUAAAUGUAAAAGAAAUGAAUACAUGUACCAGUACAAUACAUUUCUGAUAUCACAAUUUCAAUUUACUUUGAAAACUUCAAUAACCAAUCAGAUUGAACGAAGUAUGAAUUAGACCGAUGCUGUACUAAAUAAAGUGCGGUAUACAACAUAGACUGAUGAGCGAUAAUAUAUUGUAUGUAACAAAGUGUACACUGUUCACACAGUAAGUGAAAAUUCUAAUUCGAACAACUUAAGGUGGGCAGAGUAGAAUGACUUUUGUGUCUAUUUACAUGUGAAAAGUUCAUAUAGCCAGAUUACACUGCCCACCUUAAUGUUAGUUGAAUGUGCAAAUUUAAGUUAUUAACCCAAUGUUAAUAUUGUAAAUAGAGAGAUAUAUAUUAAAUAAUUAGAAUAUGGCUGUACAGAAACAAGAUGAGAUGAUGUAUAUAAACAAUAAGCCCUGCAAAUGCCUGUAUUAAAUGCAAGUUGUAAUUCAUCAUAAGUACAUGUAGUUCUAACUGCUUUAGUUUAGUUGUCAUGGAGAUGCUACCCAUCAAUAGGAUUGAUUGAUUCAUUUAUUAAUUUUAAGACUUUGGUUUGUGACAUCUAUUUUGUACAGUGUGACAUCCUAAAAUAUGUCGAUAUGUCAUAUUUAUUUUUCAUGGUGUAACAUAGCAAAAUAAGAUAUUUCCUCAGGAUUAUUUUGGUAUUAUGUUAUGGUGCCCCAACUUGAUUGUUGGAUGAUUUAAUUAAUUAACGAACCAAUCAAAUGAUCAAAUUUCUUCACAUCCUUUAUAAUGGAGGUUCAUAGUUCAUGAUAUAAUAUUGCACCAUAUUGGAUAUAUGAAAUAUCCAGGUUGUGCCAGAUUUUGAUUCAUAUGUUCUACAUGGAUAAAGAAUAAUUCAAAAUUGUACAAUACAAAUAAUGUUAUUUCAUUUGAUUGUGCUGUAUAUGUAUUGUAUGUAGUCUGGAUAAUUUGCCAACCCUUUAAUUGUAAAUAUUGCAGCUUCACUCUGUGUUAUCAUGUUAUAAUGCAGUUACAUGUAUCUGUGUAUUAUUCAGGUUUUUAAAAUAAAACAGUGAUUCUGAAAA